AUGGAGGUCAAGAAGAUACUACACCUUGGAUGGAACAAUUGCUAUCAGAUCAAGUGGCACCAUUUGGUGUGCAUUGUGACGACAGAUGUAGGACCUAGGAUCAUCUCUCUGUCGCACAGUGACACACAUCAUGAGAUGUUCGCCUUUGCUCAGGCCGAUGCUGGCAAGACAGGUGGUGACAGCUGGAGACUCUAUGGUGGACAUCGUCUGUGGACUGCGCCAGAGGUCGACCCUCGCACCUACUAUCCCGAUAACGACCCGGUUGAACUCAUUUCCAACGAGGAUAGCGUCACCCUCAAACCACCUCACGAGACUGUCAACAACGUAGCCAAGACAAUCAUCAUCACUGGUCGUGGUGGUAGUGGCUCGACUGAGCCCUACUUGGAGGUGCGCCAUCAGGUCACCAACAUCUCUCGCUGGCCUAUUGAGCUCGCUCCUUGGGCCAUCACUGUGAUGUGCAAGCAGACCCGUGCUAUAGUGCCACUGUCUGAACUGACCCCUGGUCAGACUCCACUGCAGGCAAAGACAUCAUUAUCCAUCUGGAACUACACCAAGCUGAACGACCCUCGCUUCAUCUUUGGUGAGAAGUACUUGUUGGUCGAUCAACAGCCCACCGCCACCACUACCAACAAGAUUGGUGCCCAAGUGAACAAUGGUUGGACGGCUGCCGUGAAUGGCACCGGCUCUCUGUUUGUAAAGCUGAUCAAUCGAUGCACCAGAAACCUAGAGGUCGAUCAUGGAGCCAAUGUCGAGGUCUACUUAUCGCCAGACAUUGUCGAGCUCGAGACUGUGGGUCCAUUAGAGCGCAUCGAACCUGGCCAGCAUACUGAUCUCGUGGAGAACUGGUUCCUCUUCAGAGAUGUCAAGCUGCCAACGAAUGACAGUGACGUCGAGAGUAACGUUCUCCCACUUGUAAGAAAGGUGAUGGAUCAACAGCCACAGCAACAUCAUCAUCAUCACCACCAACACCACCAUCAUGCUGAGCAGCAUCAAUAA